AUGAAUUGUGGUAGGAAACAAAGUGGCAAAGGACCGUGGGAGGGCCGUGGGGGCGGAGCAAAAGAACGUGGGCAGGCCGUGGGGGCGGAGCAAAAGAACGUGGGCGGGCCCCAUCCCACAAACCUGGAUCAGGUAAUGGAGUUUGUGAAGCCAAGUUGGCAGUUUGUAAAGGACUCAGUUCUGCUGGUUAAAAGAUGCACCAAACCCCACAGAAGAGAAUUCCAGAAGAUUGCCAUGGCCACAGCGAUAGGAUUUGCUAUCAUGGGAUUCAUUGGCUUCUUCGAGAAACUGAUCCAUAUCCCUAAUAAUAACAUUAUUGUGGGUGGCUGA